AUGUCUGCAAAAUACAUCGUUGCUGCUUUAUUCGGAUCAUUUGCUGUGGCAUGGACAUGCGACCAUCUUAUGGCUGACAAGAAAAUAUUUGGAGGCAAGUUGGUGUUUCUGUUUUUUGAAGCUUGUUGCAUAAUACUUGGAACUACUCCAACAACUGUUGCAAGCAAAGAAUGGUGGGAAGAAACUGACAAGAAGUUCCAGGCAUGGCCUCGUACUGCCGGUCCACCAGUGGUCAUGAACCCCAUCAGUCGUCAGAAUUUCAUUGUCAAGUCUCGUGUUGAUUGA